AUGUCGGAGUCCGGCGUCUUGAACCGCGGCUCCGACUGCGACGAGCUCAACGGCAUGUUCGACCUCUCCAGCGCCUACAACCAGAUCCCCUACGUGCCCCGGUCGUCGCAUUUCUACCUCGUAGAGGCGCCAGAUUCCACGCAGCACCCUCGCAACAACUUGAUCGGCUUCGUGACCCCCACGGGGCCCCGCUAUCGGAACAUGGCGGUGAUUGAGCCACAUUCCGGACGCGUUUUGGAGCAAAUGUUCAAGGAACAGAUCUCCGUGCGACUCUACAAGGACGACCGAAACUACUUCUUCACCAAGCACAAGAGUGUGGCCAUUCCCCUCUACUGGCGCAUGAACACGAAGAAUGCCACGCAAGCGGAACGGCAGCUGUUGAGUGAGAUGCAAAGCACCUUCCGAGGACUGGAAGCUGGCUUCAUCGCCUGUAUGAUCUUGGGUGGUGUGAGCUUGCUCGCAGCGCUCUUCGUGGGGAUGUUGCUCUAUCGUGACAACUCGCAACUCAGAUGA